GAACUCAGAAGGUGAAUUGGCAUCCGGCUUUCCAUUGUCGCCUAAUCCUCCAGGUUGCUGCAAAUUCUGCAAAACCUGAGGCGGCAGUGCCCCCAACCCACCACCCAAUCCGCCUGUUGCCGAACCGAAAAUCUGGCAAACAAUCCUAGCCGUUAUUCCAGAAUCUGCAACUGGUUCUGGCAGGCAUCCUCCUGCAUUUUCAUCAUGGACUUUUCUUUCUCAAUCUGCAAAUUCAACAUUCUCUCCCUCCAUUCCGUUUCCUCUUCCUCCCUCUUCUCCUUCCCCAUUUUUUUAUUCUCCUCCUCCUCUCUUCAUUCAGUUUUAUCUCAACACUCACUCUUCUCUUGGAUUCCCUCCUUGCCACUUUAAUUCCCUCUCCUCCAACCCUGUUUUUUAAUUUACAGGUGGCCUUAUGAAUUUAAGUUUCUGUCUGGGCCAGUUCAUAAUUUUCAGAUCACAGUUGAAAUCGCUGAUAAAUUAAAGCUGAGCAAGACUCCAACCUAGAAUCCCCAAAGUACCCUCGUUGCCAACCGAAAUGACGAUUGCAAAUCAUUCAAACCCCAAAUCCAGUUGUGGCAUUGUGGUCAUUCCAUGAAGACUCUACGUCACGCUGAUUUUCCUAACUCAAAUCUUUAAGAUUCUGUCAACGCAACAGUUAUUUCUCAGUAGCCGUCCUCCUCGUUUCAGCAUUUCCUCAGAUAAUCACCCUUCGGAUUCUGAUUGGAUUUGACAUACGAGGAGCUUGAGAAAGUUAGGCAUGGCGCCUCCGAUUCUCUCGCUGGCUUUGCCUUCUGAGACUGGUCGAGUUUUGAGCAUUCAGUCGCAUACCGUUCAGGGAUACGUUGGAAAUAAAUCAGCUGUAUUCCCUCUCCAACUAUUAGGCUACGAUGUGGAUCCUAUCAAUUCUGUACAAUUUUCUAACCACACAGGAUACCCAACCUUCAAAGGCCAAGUUUUAAAUGGACAACAACUAUGGGAAUUAUUAGAAGGCCUUGAAGCGAAUGAUUUAUUAUACUACACCCAUUUAUUAACAGGUUAUAUUGGUUCAGUAUCCUUUCUAAACACUGUAUUGAAAGUUGUUGAGAAGCUUCGUUCUGUAAAUCCAAAUCUUAUAUAUGUUUGUGAUCCAGUGAUGGGUGAUGAAGGAAAGCUUUAUGUACCUGCUGAGCUGGUAUUGGUAUAUCGUGAGAAGGUUGUUCCAGCAGCUUCAAUGUUGACUCCUAACCAGUUUGAAGCAGAGCAGUUGACUGGGUUGAGAAUUGUUUCCGAAACAGAUGGCAGGGAAGCCUGCAAGAUUCUUCAUGCUGCUGGGCCUCCAAAGGUUGUGAUUACAAGCAUUAAUGUAGAUGGCAAUCUUCUUCUCAUUGGCAGCCAUCAGAAGGAAAAGGGCCAGUCUCCUGAGCAAUUCAAGAUUUUGAUACCCAAAAUUCCUGCUUAUUUCACAGGGACUGGAGACCUAAUGACUGCACUCCUGCUUGGAUGGAGUAAUAAAUAUCCUGACAACCUCGACAAGGCAGCAGAGCUUGCAGUAUCAAGCUUGCAGGAUCUGAAGUGGCUUCCAGUUUAGAAGUCAGUGUGCAUGUAGGGAAAAUUCAUGGAUUUUGGGGUAUCAAAAUAAAAAUAUUUUUUGCAUAUUACUUCUGAAUAUCUAUUGUGAAGUUUAAAUCAAUCCUGGAGUGUGGCUGUGUUUUGGGAUAUGUAAGCUACACUUUCCUGUUAACUCUACACCCGGGGUGGCCAUUGGGGAAGUUCAGAAAAGGCGAGACUGAUUGAAACAAUGGUACUGGUAAAAGAAAUCAGCUUCAAGCAGAUAAACUUGGUGACGACAAGAUGUCUAAUUGUUGAAAAUUUACAGGCCAAUCUAUUGUCUAUGAUUGCAUCUGCAUAUUUGGCUAUUUUUAUUCUGAUUG